CCUCGGCCUCAUUCUCAGAAGCCUCCGCUUCACGUCCGCGUCUCGACCCCGCGGAAAGGGAGGAGAGAAGGACGUCGCAAAGAGGCGGAGGAUCAAGAUGCGGAGCCUGCCGAUCUGCCGACUGCUCGGGACGCACUGAACGCCUUAAGAACUGUGAUGACGUGGCUCAAGGCACAGAAGGAUGUUGAGCCAGUGAAGCUUUCGCAGUUAGCGUCUCUUAAAGAAAUUAUCUUGCAGAAACAAUUGUCUGGGUCAGUCAUGAAGCACGAAGACGAAGGGAGUCUGGGCACUGAGAUACUGAAGAUUUUGGUGAAAUCGGAAGUAGAGGAAGACGUGUUCUCAAGCAAGCAAGACCUUGGGGAAAUGUCCUGCUCUGAGUUUCUGCAGGAAAUUACAAUGAAGACUGUACAGCAAGCUGUGGAUCUGAAGAUUGUUAAAGUUGAAGGAGCAAGUGAGACACCAGUGGAUGCAAGAGAGUCCCAUGUUUGCCUGGCCACUCCAGACCAGAACUUUAUCAAGACGGAGUUAUUGGAGGAUGGCAUUGGUGAAGACGAUGCAGACAAAGACACGGAAAUUCUGUGCGAGGAGUGCGGGCUGGGCAGAUGCUUCACAACUGAAGUGGACGAAGCAAAAUGCGGCGGCCAGGCUCCGCGAGCCUGUACGCAAUGCGGGAAGACACUUGAAGGCACCGCGUUGAGCAUGACAGGUGCCAGUGAUGGGAGGAAGCACAGGUGUGAGGAGUGUGGCAAGGGGUUUUCAUAUCACUGUGAAUUAAAGCGGCACGUGAGAACGCACACGGGAGAGAAGCCGCAUGUGUGUAAGGAGUGCGGGGUGGGCUUUUCACAGCAUUCUGAUUUAAAGAAGCACUCCAGAACACAUACCGGCGAAAGGCCAUACUUUUGUGAAGAGUGUGGGAAGAGCUUUUCACAGCAAUCCGAUUUAAAGACGCAUUCGAGAAUACACAGCGGUGAGAGGCCACACGAGUGCAAGGAUUGUGGGAAGAGAUUUUCACGACGUUACACUUUAGAGACACAUUGCAGAAUACACACUGGUGAAAAACCUUACGUGUGCAGUGUUUGUGGCAAGGGCUUUUCACAGCUGUCCGAUUUAAAGAAGCAUUCCAGAACACACACGGGCGAAAAGCCGCACGCGUGCCGGGAGUGCGGCAAGGAGUUUUCUCAGCAGUCCGAUUUAAAUAAGCACUCUAGAACGCACACGGGUGAGAAACCGCACGCGUGCGAUGUGUGUGGGAAGGGCUUUUCACAGCAAUCCGAUUUAAAUAAACAUUUUAGAAUACACACGGGUGAAAAGCCACACGUAUGCAAGGAGUGCGGGAAAGGGUUCUCACAGCAUUCAUAUUUAAAAAAGCAUCGUGCAAUACACACGGGCGAGGAGCUACCCAUGUGCACAGAUUAUGGCGAACAACUUUCACAGAGCGAUGUUUUAUAGAGCCUUUCUAGAGCACAAUGCACGUGUAAUGUUUGUAUUCAUUGUUGAUUUAAAUUGAAAUAAACUCACUGCUGGAUGUUU